CAACCAGCUGGCAAUAGCAGUAGUAGUAGUACAAGCAGUACCGCCAGCAACAAGAAACGAGCUGCUAACUUCUCACCUAUGUUGUCCAGUUCAAACACAACUCCAAUUAAAACACAACAAUCACAAUCUCAAAGAACAGGUGGAGGUGGAUUAUCCCAAUUAUCCAAACAACUCAAUCAAUUUAAUAGAUUUGCUCACCCUUCACAGUCAUUGGAGACAAUGUUACCGUCUCAACACCGACAAUCCAUAACUCAACACCAUGAACCUGUGCCAACAUUACCAUCAAAUUCAUUCUCAUUUGCAUUGGAUCCUUAUGCCCUUGAAGGACCACAAGAUAUGGAUUUAAAUAGUCAUUCUGCAACUUCCUCCUAUGAUGCUAAACCAUUAUUUGACGAUUUCAUCCAUACACCAGCCACAUUAUCUUCAUCAGCCUCCACAAUUAUAUACGACAACAGCCACAACAACAACAACCACAAUAGUUUCUUUCAAAAUCCCCUGAAGAGAAGCUCAACUUCCACUGCCACUCCCUCAAGCUUGCUUCGUGAGGAAUCAAUGAUGAGUUUGCCCGGUAUGAUGAAUAGACCAUUCACCCCGUUAAAUAUGUCAUAUAAACAAGAUUCGCAAUUUAUGAGACAUAGUCCCCUGAUUACUUCCUUAUCAAGCGGGCCACCGCCAAUCACCACAUCAGCAUCAUUCAACACCACCACCCAGAAAUUUGUCCUCCCUAGUCAAUCAAUUGAAUCGUCAUACUUUGAAAACCCACAUGAAGUAGAUUACUUUUCACCUAAUUCAUUACCGGCAAACUUGGACAAGAAGAAAAAGCUCAAGACAAAAACAACCAAAUCCAAGAGAAACAGUCCUGAUUCCACUGGUUGGCCAGGAUCUAGUGGUGGUGUGUCGUGUUCUAACUGUCAUACUAGAACAACUCCUCUUUGGCGUCGUGACCCUGAGGGACAGCCUUUGUGUAAUGCCUGUGGGUUAUUUUUGAAAUUGCAUGGUGUUGUUCGUCCGUUAAGUUUGAAAACCGAUGUUAUCAAGAAGAGACAAAGAGGUGGUGGUAAUACCGCUAGUACUUCAACCACGCCGAGUUCAACCAAGAAAACCGAGAAGAUAGAUAAGGAAAAAGAGGCUGCUGCUAAAAUAAAGAAACCUCCUGUAAAGAGAACUAAAUCAAGUGUGAAAGUAAAUGAUAUGGCUAAACCUGAACAACCACAGUUCCUGCAUGACACUCACCACAGUAAUUCUAUAGAUAAUGGCCACAUUUAUGUUGAUCACGAUAAUUUUAUGAAUGUGUUGGAUUCACCUAAACUUAAUAAGGGCGAACAUGGGAAUGGGAAUUUACUUUUUGCUGAGGAUGAACAUCAUUCUCAGGACGGGAAUUGGGAUUGGUUAAGUAUGACUAUAUAGAUUUGUAAUUAAUAAAGAUAGAGAG